AUGACUGAAAGAGUAGCUCUCAUCGGAUCAGGCAACUGGGGUUCUGCCGUCGCCAAGAUUAUCGGACGCAAUGUGCGCAAGUUCGACCACUUUGACAACAAGGUCAAGAUGUGGGUCUUUGAGGAGAAGGUCAACGGUCAGAACUUGACCGAGAUCAUCAACACCAAGCAUGAGAACGUCAAAUACCUUCCCGGCAUCCAGUUGCCCUCGAACAUUGUUGCCUGCCCCGACCUUUUGGAGACUUGCAGAGAUGCCACUAUGCUUGUCUUUGUUGUUCCCCAUCAGUUUGUCACAAGCAUUUGCAAGCAGCUCAAGGGCAGGAUUCCCGCUAACUGCAAGGCUAUCUCCCUGAUCAAGGGUAUUGACGUCAACGCUGAUGGUUUCCGUCUCAUCACCGACAUGAUCCAGGAGUCCCUCGAAGUCCCUACCUGUGUUCUCAGCGGUGCCAACAUUGCCAAUGAGGUUGCUGAGGAGAAGUUCUGCGAGACCACCAUCGGAUACAGAAACAGGGCUGACGGCGAGCUCUUCCGCGAUAUCUUCCACACUCCUUCCUUCAGAGUCAACAUUGUCCCUGAUGUCGUCGGUGUUGAACUGUGCGGUGCCCUCAAGAACAUUGUCGCCAUUGGCGGUGGAUUGGUCGAUGGACUCAAGCUUGGCGAUAACACCAAGGCUGCUAUCAUCCGCAUUGGACUCUACGAGAUGCGCAAGUUCGCCAAAAUGUUUUACGCCGAUGUCAAGGACGAGACCUUCUUCGAGUCGUGCGGUGUUGCCGAUUUGAUUACCACCUGCGCCGGUGGCCGUAACCGCAAGGUGGCCGAGGCCCACGUCACAACUGGAAAGUCGUUUGAUCAGCUCGAGAAGGAGAUGUUGAACGGACAGAAGCUUCAAGGAACCUCGACCGCUCAGGACAUGUACAACAUUCUCUCCAAGAAGAACCUCUGCCACGAGUUCCCCCUCAUGACUACUAUCUACAGGAUCUGCUACGAGGGUAUCCCACCCAUCAGAAUCGUCGAGGAUAUCUAA